GCUCUCUGUCUCCAAACAAAAACAGCUCUCUCUCUAUCUCUAAGGAGGUUUUGAUCAUCGGAAAACCGGAGUAGAGAGAGGCGGUGGAAGCCUCAACAACCGUAAUGAAGCACAGCUCCUCGGAGGCAGUCUCCUCCUCCUCCCCCUCCUCCUCCUUCCCGGACCAAUCACAGACCGCCACCUCAUCUACGUCAGCAUCGGACCUUCACUGUAAACAUCUAGCAUCCAUAUCGGCGGUGGAUGACUUGGCAGGUGUGGGGUCCAGGGAUGGCAGUGGUGGAGCCCAAGAAACGGUGACCGUCGAGCGCCGCGGGGAGUACUCAGCGGUUUGUAGAUGGACGGUCCACAAUUUCCCUAGAAUCAAAGCUAGGGCACUUUGGAGCAAGUAUUUCGAGGUCGGGGGAUAUGAUUGCCGGUUGCUGGUGUAUCCGAAAGGGGACUCCCAGGCAUUGCCAGGGUACAUCUCUAUCUAUCUCCAAAUCAUGGACCCGCGCGGCACAUCCUCCUCCAAAUGGGACUGCUUCGCGAGCUACCGAUUGGCAAUCGUCAAUAUCGGCGAUGAUUCCAAGACUAUUCAUCGGGAUUCAUGGCACCGGUUCUCCAGUAAGAAGAAAUCCCAUGGUUGGUGCGAUUUCACCCCUUCCUCUUCUGUUUUGGAUUCUAAAUUGGGUUUUCUUUGUAAUAAUGACGCCGUUUUGUUCACCGCCGAUAUCUUAAUCUUGAAUGAAUCCGUUAAUUUCAUGCGCGAUAAUAACGAUGUGCAAUCAUCUUCAUCGUCCAUGAUUUCAUCUUCCAUCGUUCCGGGUCCUGUGUCUGAUGUUUUGAGUGGGAAAUUUACUUGGAAAGUGCAUAAUUUUAGCUUGUUUAAGGAGAUGAUUAAAACACAGAAGAUAAUGAGUCCAGUUUUCCCAGCCGGAGAGUGCAAUUUGAGGAUUAGCGUGUACCAAAGCACUGUUAAUGGCCAGGAAUAUUUGUCCAUGUGUUUGGAGAGUAAGGACACUGAGAAGACUGUUGUGUCUGAUAGGAGUUGUUGGUGUUUGUUUAGAAUGUCUGUGCUGAAUCAGAAGCCUGGGUUGAAUCACAUGCAUAGGGAUUCAUAUGGGAGGUUUGCAGCUGAUAAUAAGAGUGGUGAUAACACGAGUUUGGGAUGGAAUGAUUACAUGAAGAUGUCAGAUUUUGUUGGACUUGAAUCUGGGUUCUUGAUGGAUGAUACUGCAGUAUUUAGCACAUCAUUUCAUGUGAUCAAAGAGCUUAGCAGCUUCUCAAAGAAUGGGGGUAUAAUUGGAGGGAGGAAUGGGAGUGGUGCAAGGAAGUCCGAUGGACAUAUGGGGAAAUUCACUUGGAGGAUUGAGAAUUUUACUAGAUUAAAGGAUCUUCUGAAGAAGAGAAAGAUUACAGGUCUUUGCAUCAAGAGCAGAAGGUUUCAGAUUGGGAACCGAGAUUGCCGUCUCAUUGUUUAUCCGCGAGGGCAGUCUCAGCCACCAUGCCAUCUUUCUGUCUUUCUUGAAGUUACUGAUUCACGGAAUACUUCCAGUGAUUGGAGCUGUUUUGUGAGUCAUCGGUUGUCAGUUGUGAACCAAAGGAUGGAAGACAAGUCAGUUACAAAAGAAUCUCAGAACCGCUAUUCUAAAGCUGCAAAAGAUUGGGGUUGGCGUGAAUUCGUGACGCUUACUAGUCUCUUUGACCAGGAUUCAGGGUUUCUUGUCCAGGAUACAGUUGUAUUUUCUGCGGAGGUUCUCAUUUUAAAAGAGACAUCAAUAGUGCAGGAUUUCAUGGAUCAGGAUGCUGAGACAGCAAGUCUUGGUGGUCAGAUUGAGAAGGUUGGGAAGAGAAGUGCAUUCACGUGGAAGGUUGAGAACUUCCUGUCCUUCAAGGAAAUAAUGGAAACCAGAAAAAUUUUUAGCAGAUUUUUUCAAGCUGGCGGGUGUGAACUCCGCAUUGGCGUAUAUGAGUCAUUUGACACCAUAUGUAUAUAUCUAGAGAGUGAUCAGUCCGUUGGUAGUGAUCCAGACAAAAACUUUUGGGUUAGAUACAGGAUGGCUGUGGCAAAUCAGAAGAACCCUGCUAAAACUGUAUGGAAGGAGUCUUCUAUUUGUACAAAAACAUGGAAUAACUCUGUUUUGCAAUUCAUGAAGGUGUCAGAUAUGUUAGAAGCAGAUGCAGGGUUUCUUGUGCGUGACACUGUUGUUUUUGUUUGUGAAAUAUUGGAUUGCUGCCCUUGGUUUGAGUUUUCAGACCUUGAGGUUUUGGCUUCUGAGGACGAUCAGGAUGCUCUAACAACUGAUCCUGAUGAACUCAUUGAUUCUGAAGACAGUGAACGGAUAAGUGGGGAUGAAGAAGAUAUCUUUAGAAACCUUCUUUCUCGAGCUGGGUUUCAUCUCUCAUACAGUGACAAUUCUUCACAGCCGCAGGUCACUUUAAGAGAAAAACUGCUGAUGGAUGCUGGUGCAAUUGCUGGUUUUUUGACUGGACUCCGUCUUUACCUUGAUGACCCUGAAAAAGUAAAGCGCUUGCUGCUUCCAACCAAGCUCUCUGGUGGUACUGAUGGAAAGAAAGUCUUAAAGACUGAUGAAGCUUCUCCCAGCUUGAUGAAUUUGUUAAUGGGAGUCAAAGUUUUGCAGCAGGCAAUUAUUGAUCUACUUUUGGAUAUAAUGGUUGAAUGUUGCCAACCUUCUGAAGGAGGUUCACAGGGUGAUUCUUCUGAUGCAAACUGUAAAUCUUCUCCUGAAGACAGUGGAGCUGCCAGUCCAUUGGAAUCUGACAUGGAAAAUAGUGCCACUGAAUCUGAGCAAUUUCCUGUAUAUGAGAGGUUGGAUUCUGGUAUGGAUGAUAGUAGCAGUGCAUCUGCUGUGCAAAGCUCUGAUAUGAAUGGGAUUCAUAUCACUGAAAAAACAAUUCCUGGACAGCCUAUUUUUCCACCAGAAACCUCUGCUGGAGGGUCCUCAGAAAAUGCCUCCCGUCGCUCAAAGACCAAGUGGCCUGAGCAAUCUGAGGAGCUUUUAGGAUUGAUUGUAAACUCAUUGAGAACCCUAGAUGGAGCUGUUCCACAACGCUGUCGGGAGCAGAGAAGGAGGCCUCAAUCUGCACAGAAGAUUGUUCUUGUACUGGAUAAAGCUCCAAAGCAUCUGCAGUCUGAUUUAGUUGCUUUGGUGCCCAAAUUGGUGGAGUCUUCAGAGCAUUCACUUGCUGCUUAUGCACUUCUUGAACGACUACAAAAGCCAGAUGCAGAGCCUGCAUUACGGAUACCAGUUUUUGGUGCUCUUAGUCAAUUGGAAUGUGAUAGUGAAGUUUGGGAACGUAUCUUAUUUCAAUCUGUCGAGCUGUUGACAGAUACAAAUGAUGAACCUCUGGCAGCAACAAUAGAUUUUCUGUUUAAAGCUGCAACCCAAUGCCAACAUCUUCCAGAAGCAGUCAGAUCUGUCCGUGUGAGGCUAAAAGAUUUGGGUAUGGAGGUAUCUCCUUGUGUCCUUGACUUUUUAAGUAAAACUGUAAAUAGCUGGGGAGAUGUUGCUGAGACCAUACUUAGAGAUAUUGAUUGUGAUGACGAUUUUAGCAACAAUUGCUCUCCAACGCCUUGUGGCUUCUUCAUGUUUGGAGAAAAUGGGGGCAACUCUGAGAGGUUGCAUAUGGUAGAAGAGCAGGCUUUCCAUGCUGGUCGUCAUUUUUCUGAUAUCUAUAUCCUGAUUGAGAUGUUAUCCUUACCUUGCCUGGCUGUUGAAGCCUCUCAAACAUUUGAGAGAGCUGUGGCUCGAGGAUCCAUUCUUGCUCAGUCUGUAGCCAUGGUCUUGGAAAGGCGCCUUGCUCAAAGAUUGAAUCUUAACGCCAGAUAUGUUGCUGAAAGUUUCCAGUAUGGGGAUUCUUCAGCAGAGGGAGAAGCCAAUGAGCAGCUGAGAGGUCAGAGGGAUGAUUUUUCUUCAGUUCUUGGUCUUGCUGAGAUGUUGGCCCUCUCUACAGACCUUCAUGUUAGGGGCUUUGUGAAGAUGCUGUAUACAAUAUUGUUUAAAUGGUAUGCAGAUGAGUCUUACCGCGGUAGGAUGCUGAAGAGACUGGUUGAUCGUGCCACCAGUGCUACAGAGAAUAGUCGUGAAGUAGAUAUAGACUUGGAUAUUUUGGUUAUUUUGGUUUCUGAGGAGCGAGAAAUUGUUAGGCCAGUUCUGAGCAUGAUGCGUGAGGUUGCUGAGCUGGCAAAUGUUGAUCGAGCAGCUCUGUGGCACCAAUUAUGUGCUAGUGAGGAUGAAAUUAUUCGAAUGCGUGAGGAGCAAAAGUCUGAAAUUACAAAUUUGGGUAGAGAAAAAUCUGUUUUAUCCCAAAAAUUGAGUGAUUUGGAGGCUGCAAACAAUCGUCUCAGGUCAGAAAUGAGGACUGAGGUGGAUCACUUUGCUCGGGAAAAGAAGGAACUUUGUGAACAAAUACAAGAAGUUGAGAGUCAACUUGAGUGGCUUCGCCAAGAGAAGGAUGAUGAAAUUGCAAAGCUUGCAGCUGACAAAAAGGCUCUUCAGGAUCGUCUUCAUGAUGCAGAGGCACAACUCUCCCAGUUGAAGUCACGAAAACGUGAUGAGAUGAAGAGGGUAGUAAAGGAGAAAAAUGCUCUUGCUGAAAGAUUGAAGAGUGCUGAGGCUGCACGGAAGAGAUUUGAUGAAGAAUUGAAACGAUUUGCCACAGAGAAUGUGAGUCGAGAAGAAAUUCGCCAAUCACUGGAGGAUGAAGUUCGAAGAUUGACACAAACAGUCGGGCAAACUGAAGGUGAGAAGCGUGAGAAGGAAGCACAGGUUGCAAGAUGCGAAGCAUAUAUUGAUAGCAUGGAGUCACAGUUGCAGGCCUGCCAGCAAUAUAUUCAUACCCUUGAGGCUUCACUUCAAGAAGAAAUGUCACGACAUGCACCUCUUUAUGGUGCUGGUUUGGAAUCCCUGUCCAUGAAGGAGUUGGAAACCUUGUUCCGAAUCCAUGACGAAGGACUCAGGCAGAUUCGUGCUCUCCGAGAACAUAAAGGGAGUCCUGCUGGCAGUCCCCUUGUGAGUCCACACACAAUACCACACAAUCAUGCGUACCCUACAGCGCCGCCUCCAAUGGCCAUGGGAUUGCCUUCUUCACUCAUUCCAAAUGGUGUAGGUAUCCAUAGCAAUGGGCAUGUGAAUGGUGCUGUUGCACCCUGGUUCAACCACAAUUGAGUUCUGAGGUCAUGUUCUUUUGUCUCUACUCAUUUGUUCAUCUGAUAGUGCUGGUGACAUCUCGAUAUCAUACAACCGGAUGUUACUACUUUGAAAUAUUGUUUUUUUCCUUUGAUUGGCAUUUUGACUGGUGGAACUGUUGGACCACAUUUGUUAGGGUGAAGAGGAAGAAUAAUAGAGGUCUGAGGUCAAGGAUGGACUUGGCAGUGUUGUGGUGAUUGUAUGUGCCACGAGGGAGUCCAAUGGGACUACCAGUUGGAAAUGCCAUUUGCUUCCAUUUUUAAAAGUUAAUAUAGGCCUUUUAAAGGUUUUUGCUCAUUACCCACUUUUGCACCUCUUCUCUAGUUUUAUUUAUUUCUACUACGUUGCCUAAUUAUGCUUUCGAGAAACAACUUGAAUUUCUUUAUCUAGCCGGAGAUCGUCAAGGUCUCAAGGUGCACCGAUAAAUGCUUUUUUUGGGU